GGGAGUUUGCAGUCUGGUAUUCAUUGUGUUUUUUUAUUUUGUGCAUUAUUUUGUGCAUGGAUGAAAUGUUGUUCUGACUAAGUAAUUGAAAUUGAACACACCAUUUCUGUAACUCUGAGAUGAAGAUGGUUCAUUCAACUGGAAUUUGCCAUAAAUAGGGUUAGUUUUUUUUCCCUUGCUUAAUUUGAGUUCAACCUUAAGAAGAUACAAUGCUUGGACCGCCUUUGACUCGAUAACUUGUAAGAAAUUAAUUUAGAACUGUCUUAGGGGAGACAUUUAUUCCCAUUACUGUACAAAGUCUAACUUCCACAUAGUCAGCUGCUCCAAAAGGAUUUAACUUCGAUUUUCGCUGGAAAAUAGGAUUAGUUGUCAUACAUGUAGCCUUUAAAACAAUCAAAUGUUAAUGGUUUUAUUGCACAAUAAUGGAAUUAUGUACAGGUCAAAUCAUUCCGUAGAAGGGGGAUACUCUGAAAGACAAGCUUGACCUUUGGUGACCCACAGUCAUCAUGUUAUGAAUAUUCAGAUGGGUUAAUUAUUGGGUAGACCAACUUGCCUGCUACUUAUUCCCACUCUCUCUCUCCCUCUCUCUCCAUCAAUGAAUGAAAAUCCUGCAUGAACUUACUGCUAUUUCGAGAGAAGAGAGUUCCGUAUUUGUAAUUUUAAAUGCCCAGCAGGAAGGGGAAAAAAUGAUUGACAAUACACUGGCUGAAGGAUUGGAGAUUUUCCUCUCCAUACAAAAGCAGAUAACAUUGUGCAGUGUGUCACAUUUCCACUCUGGAUCAUUAGGAUUUAACAGAUCAUAAUUUAAUUGACAAAAUAUAUGAAGUUUUUUUUUCUCUCUCUCUUUCUCUCUAGCUAGCAUUGUGAGUCUCUCUCUCUCUCUGGUGGCCUGAGAGAUAGAUUUUUAUUGAGGCGUGUGCAUUUGCUGAUACAGUAACAAUAGAUAUUAUUAAUACCAAAGUGUGUGCUUAGUUAACCAUAAAAAAAUGAUGGAGUCUGCUUUGUCUUGUCAAGCGGAAGAGAGCGAGGACAUUCUAAACAUGGUGGAGAGCCUAAGGUUGUCAUCAGACGAACCCGAAAAGUGUCUGGAUCGUAUUCUUAAGUUCCUGUUAGUGGAGCAAGAUGAAGAAGAUUUGGACCAAGCGUUGGAGACAGCAGUUGAAAACGGCAUGCUUGGAGAUCUCUACGACAUCAUGACACACACCUCCGACGGAACAUUAUGCAAGGUCAUCCAAAUUCUGGCAGAACUCGGCAAAACAGAAACGAUCCGUGAGCCAUGUGUAAUGCAGGGCUUUGUCCCCAUCCUACUGCAGCACCUCAAGUCUGAUGACAUCAUGAUGGCCACACAGGCUUGCCGGGCCCUUGGAAACAUCUGCUUCGAAAAUGAUAUUGGGAGAAAUGCAGUGGACGAAAAUGAUGGCAUUCUAUUACUGCUCAAACUGCUGAGGGAACACGUAAAAAGCACAGAAGAUGGAGCUGACAGACUUCGAACAAUUGCUUGUGGAUUUCUACUCAACGUCACCAAUACACAUGACAGCCUUAUGCAGAAGGCAGUGGACGGGGGAGCCCUAGACGUCCUGGACGAAUACAUCAGAUACCACCAGCAGGACCAUGGCCUGUGUAACAUGGUGCUACUCACCCUCGGCAGUUUUAUUGAUUCAGAGAUUUGCCGCCAGAAAUUUACAGAGUCCUCCCUACUGUCCACCAUUGUGGGUCUACUGGACUCACAGACCGGGGAGGUUUAUCAGGAGACUGUGCUCGACCUACUUAUUAACCUUUCUGAGUGGGAUGAGGUGAAGGAUGUGUUGGCAGAGACCAGCCUCAGUAACAACCUGAUACAGAUCAUCCAGGUCAACCAAGGCAAGCUGGACCCCGAGAGCCAGCAGCUCAUCAAAAUGGCCUCUGACCUGCUCAUCCUGCUGCUAACCGGAGAUAAAGGAGCUGAAACCAUGUUUGCUAAUGGAGAAGGUCCAGUUUUUAUUGAAUCUGUUAAAUGGCUGGAGGAUGAGGACAGCAGAUUACAAAUGGCCGCUGUGCUGGCCAUAGGGAACUUUGCAAGGAAUGACAACCACUGUCAGAGACUAGUGGAGGAGGGGAUUGUGGAACAUUUGGUCGAGAUUCUGAAGGAGCACCGAGAUCACGAGGCUGACAUGACGUUACAGCAUGCUAUUCUUAGUGCCCUCAGAAACCUAGCUAUUCCAGCCAGAAAUAAGACGGCGUUGUUGAUGGCAGGUGUCCUUGAGACGGUCUUGCUUCUGCUCUCCUCAGACACAAUGGCUGUCGUGUUCAAACUCUUGGGAGUUUUACGAAUGUUGGUUGACGGACAAGAGACUGCGGCCCUGCAGCUGGGUACAGAUCGAGGCUUCAUGGACCGUCUGGUGGGGUGGUGCGAGGUGGACGAACACGCCGGAGUCCAGGGAGAGGGAACUCGGUUGUUGGCUUCACUGGUGAAGAACGGUCGAUCUGCAGAGCUGAUGAGAAAUGUGGUCAAAUGUCAGGGAAUCCCCCCUCUGGUUGCCAUGGUGUCAUCAGAACACUUAGUGAUGCAAAAUGAAGCUCUGGUGGCCUUGACCCUGAUAAGUUCUACAGUAUUAGAUGAAGCGGCACUUCCACUGAAACAGUCAGAAUUGACAGAAACCAUAUCUUCUCUUCUUGGCAAUAAAUCAACACUGCCAGAAAUAUUAUGCAACACGCUGACGCUAACAAAGACGCUGUGUAGUGCAGUGUCUGAGUCACCCCCCAGCACCCUAUCCUGUAAACUGUUGGCCUGUACAGGACGAGUCACAAACAUGCAACAAUCAUUGAAAGAGGAGAUAAUGACAUCUGGAAUUGUUGACAUAGCCAGACAGUUGUCUUGUCAUGAAGAGGAAAAAGUUCGGGAGGCCGCAAACACGUUUGUUGCUGUUCUAGAGGAAGCUCCUCUGGAGAGGUGAACUGAGAAAAGUACAAAAAUGUAUAGAACCUCAGAGUUGCUCUCAUUGUGCUGUUGAGUUGAAAUGAGGCGCACUGAGAUAGAAUGAGUGUUGAUGCCAAAAUGCGAGACUUGGACACCUGCCAGCAAGGAGCACCUGUAGCAAAAACACCUUGAUUAGCUGUUGUCUUAGUUUGGAUGAGGAGAUAUUGUCAAGCUCACUAUGUAAAAAUUGCUUAGCUCAAAGAGCACCAGCAAAUGUGUAAAAACUGAACAAACCAUUGCAUUUAUUAACUUACUAGCCACAAUUUUUUUUUCUUGUUUUGUUGUUGGUGAUAUAUUUUAAGUGACAUGUUUUUGUUUAUCUAAGGUAACUGUAAGUUGUGAAACUUUUUUUCUUUCUCCCAAGAAUACAAAGAUCUAGCGAUACAAAAAUCUGAAUUUUUUAAGAUUAAAAUUUUUUCCUUCAAUUCAGUAAAGCACCUUAUCAAAUUUUUUUUAUUUGUAUAUGGUACUUCACUAGUCACUUCACCUUCUUUGAAAGUACAGGUACUUAAAAUUGCUUUUUGUCAGCCUUGAAAUAACAAAACUAAUGAAUUUUGCUAGUAUUAGGCAAAUAUCUUAUCACUCAACUUUACAAGGCUUUUUAAUGGUAUUUCAUUGAGGAAAAAAAAAAGAGGCUGUGUUACAUGUUUCUUUCUUUGUCUGUUUAAUUAUCGUUAGCAGGAAAACUUUAAAAAUCUGCUGCGUUUCAUGAAAAAAAAACCCAGAAGAGGUUUAGUAAUGACUAAAAACUUGAUGGAAAAUUUCACCAAGGAAGUCAGAUUUUCUUUUCUUAGAAACAAAAACAUGCUGAAAUGUGGCAGAAAAUAUACAAAACAAACAGUUAACAAAUACCGUCGACUUCUUGUUAGAAACUUUUUCUUUUUUUUUUUCUUUUUGUUCAUUUUGCAAUACAGUUCCUUUUUUUUAAAUUCUAGAUUAGUCGCUGAAGUUAGUGCUUAGUGCAAUACAUCACAAGAGAUUCAGGUUUUAUUCCUGUUUUAUAAUUUAUCCAGAGGCAAUCAUUCUAUGUAUAUAAACAAUGAUAAAACCACCCAUAUUUUUUACCUUUAUACAUAUAGCUGUUCUUUUGUGUUUACAUUAUCAUAUUUUUGGUUUGUAUACUUGCGCCGUUGGUUUUAAGAGUGUAUGUUCUGUGUCCACCUGGGUUUUGUGAUGAAGCAUGCUGUAUAUUUUUUGUGGUCACGUUAAGUCCUUUUCUAAUUUUAGAUUAUUACUGGCAUGUCUAACUUAUUCUUAGAAUCGACAUCUGAUUUCUGAGUGACAGAUGGACUAGAAUACAAAAUCUAGAUGUGCAAAAUAAUUUCCCAUAUAUUGCAGCAUUCAGUAUGUUUUAAAAUACCGAGCAUAAUUUUAUGUAGUCAAUUGCUCAAAACCAAGGUACUAUUGCAUGUUAUAUCACGAGCCAAUCUUUUCUUUGUAUUUAGUGUGAAACAGAACAAAUGAAUAGAAAUUUAGUAAAAUUUUUAUGCUCUGAGCUCAUUUUUCUUUAUUUCAAGGUAUGACUACAUGUAUAAACAAGGGAGAUUAUUGAAUUUCCUGCAAAAUCGUAAAAUGCCAAUAUUUCUGUAAUAUUUCUUAUUUAUUUUUGGGAACACUGUAGGUUUAUUUAUGUUGCUUCUAAAACACUUCUCUUUUUAUAAAAGAAGAAAAGUAAUUUUUUGAGAUUUGAUGAGUUUUUUCCUAUGUAGCAUUGCAGAGUGAGAAAAAUAUGAUAUAGUUAAAGAAUUUUCUUAUAAACACAAGUUGUUUUACUUGGCCAAGUUUAAAUGAUAGUAAAAUAUGAACAUAUGGAUUCUUCAUGUAGUAGUAUGUAACAAGAAGAAAAUGGAGGUCUAUUUUGACAUGCAUAUUACAUAUACCUGUUUGCAGAUGACUAUCGGUAUUCCCCAUUUACUUGUGUCAUUGCCUGGUAGGGAAUCUACUGUACAUAACAAUAUGUUUAGUAAUGAACAUAUGUCAUCUACUUUCUAAGAAUUUCUCUGUGUUAUUUUCUUAGUUCUUUUGUACCUGUGUUUACAAGAAAAUGUGCAUGUGGUCUGGUUUUUAUUAGAAAUCAAAAUAUGUCAAUGCAUUCCAGUGUAUAUUUUUUAGUUUUGAUAAUCUUUAUUUUGGUGACUUUAUAGAUUGACAAUUAAUCCAAAAAGAGGUGGUGAGAUGGUAUAAUCUGUAUACAUUUGGUUUUUCUGUGUUAAAUCGAGUAUUUUGUGUCCCAUUAUGAUGGCAUUUAUUUUUUAUUUUGAUUUUUAGUUUAAAUUGUUUUUUUUUUCUUCUUUAAGUCUAUAAUUUUUCUUACUUUUAGUACAUUUCUUGUGACAUUUGUUGGUUAAGUUCAAUUUUGAAUAGAUGUGAUUUUCAUCUUGCAUAAAAUUUUGUUUUUCCUUUGAUAAACAGCCAAAUCAAUGAUAAGCAUGUGAGAAAAUUGUAAUAUAAAGACUGUACCUGUGUAAUUUAAAUAUAUUGUUUAUUGCAACAAUUACAGACUGAUAUAAAAUACA